AUGCGGCUUCUUCCUGCGCUAGCACUGCUCGCUUGGGCAAAUGCCCUUGCCGAUGCCCGAGGGGAAUACCUGGAACGCUACGACACCGAUUCAAUCAACUGCCAUGAUUCCAACAAAAACCACGAACCGAGAGGAGUCAGCGCCCUUUGGGACGACGACGUUUGCCCACACUCUUCCGCCGCCUGGAAUGACGACGCACGCGACCAUGGGCUAGUCAAACGCUUGCGACAAUGGGUCCGACGGGCGGACGCUACCACCAACGCUGCGGCCGCCCAGGCGACAGAAGACGAUUCCAAGGAAUCGGACGACGCAAAGGCACCGGCUGAGACAAAAGAUGCAGAGGAAACGAAGGAAGAACCUGCCGAGACGAAGGUCGCCGAAACGACCCAAGAGGAGAAGCCGACCGAAGCCGAAAAAACUACAGAAGUGAAGGAGACGAAGGAGCCCGAGACCACACAAAAAGAAGAGACCAAGGAGGAGUCGACCGUACCAUCCGUCACCGUACCAUCUCCAACGCUGCCUACCCAGACUCUCCCCACAGAGACAGAGUCUGAAGAUUCGGCAACGACCGAACCCUCAUCGAGCGAUGAAAUGACCGAGACUUCAUACAUCAGCAGCGACCAAGUCACAUACUCGACAUAUUCUAGCGAAAAGAUCGGUGCAUCAUGCUUCAGCACAACCGUCGAGCACACAACAUUCUGCUCCACCCGAACACGCAAUGGUAACAUCGAAACCUACAGCUGCGCCCCCGCAAACAUAACAUCCAGCGCCUGCGCCCCGGGCAUGAUGUGCACGAUCCACCCUGAUUCCGGCAACGACGUGUGCAUGAAGCUGCACAACGAGGUCGGCACCGCGGGCAUUGUCAUCGCUAGCAUUUUCGGCUUUCUUGGUGCGGCGUGCACUUUUACCAUGGUUUUUAUUUGUUACAGUGAUAAGAGGGCCGCGGCAAAGUUUAAGAAUAGACGGCCGCCUAAGACGAGUGAGAGUACUAGACUUCUGGCAAAGGCUCCGACGCCUCCGACGCCGCCUGCUUUGGGGCACUAA